CCUGUCAAAUAUUUAUCCCUUUUAUAUUUCAGCUGAAGGAGAUGAAGAUCACGAUGCCUGUCUUUAUUAGUUUGAUCUGGCUGACAUUGUUAGUAAACGUUCAGUCCGUGCCGGCGUGGUACAAAGCCCAGAGAGACGCAAUAUUGUCUACAGAAAGGCGGCAGUCCAUUGGGUCGACGCUGAACCUCACCUCUGACGAGGAAGCUGUCAACAAGAUAAUAAUGGCAGCUAAAAAGACGAAAUCAACGGCGCCAUCUACGACGACAGCAACUACAUUCCCGCUGUCCACUUUUUCCAAGGUAGAGAGCGGAUGGAACAAAGCAAGGUGUUCAAGAUUAUACAACAAAUGCCCAAAGGUGCGGCUCUACAUCUACAUUACGGCUCCAUUACAAGCAAUGACUGGCUGGUGAAGAACGUCACGUAUCGUCCCAACUGUUAUAUGUGUGUGAAGCAGAAUGUUAUCACAAUGACCGGGUUUUAUUUGACACCUCCUGCGGAUAAAGAUUGCAAAUGGCUUGAGAUUUCAGCUGAACGUGCCAAGAACAGGGAUAUCGCAGUCUUCGAUCAGUGGCUAUACAACAAUCUGACACUGACAGUAGAUAACCCGGAAGUUGUCUACCCAAACAUCAACGUCAUCUGGCAGCGAUUUGAGGAGUAUUUCCAAACAGUUCGGGGGCUCCUACGUCAUGCGCCUGUACUGAAGGAUGCACUCUACGAGACUCUGAGGGAGUUCCACGAGGACGGCGUGCAGUACCUAGAGACCCGCAUUGGCCUGUUAAAGCCGUAUGAACUAAACGGGACAACUCAUGAUUUCACGUGGGCCGUGGAGACUUUCCGUGACGUUGUCAACGAGUUUAAACAAGAUUAUCAGGAUUUUUCUGGUGCCAAAUUGAUCAUUGGUGGACGAAAGAAGGAGCCUGCCAGCGUGAUACUACAAGACGUCAAAGCCGUUAUGGAUCUGGUGAAGCAAUUUCCAGACGUUGUCCUUGGAUACGACCUUGUCCAACAGGAGGACGUCACACAUACUUUGCUGUACUACACGUCAGAUCUGCUUUAUCCAGGAACUCACAAGAGUAAUAUCCCCUACUUCUUCCAUGCCGGGGAAACAGACUGGCUUGAUAUCCACGACAAUAACCUCAUCGACGCCAUCCUCCUCAACACAACAAGGAUCGGACAUGGCUUCGCUAUCCCUAAACACCCAGAGGUGAUGAGGCUAAUUAAGGAGAGAAAUAUUCCGAUAGAGGUCAACCCUAUCUCCAACCAGGUUCUGAAGCUCGUCUCUGAUUUGAGGAACCAUCCAGCGGCGAUCUUGAUCUCCCAGGAUUUCCCAGUGUGCAUCAGUUCUGAUGAUCCAGCGCCCUGGGAGGCCCUUCCACUGUCACAUGACUUCUACAUGGCGUUCAUGGCUCUAGCUGCGUCAGAUGAUGACCUUAGGUUUCUGAAACAGAUCGCCAUGAACUCAAUCAAUUUCAGCAGAAUGACGACCCAGGAGAAAGCUUCAGCACUGCAGCAAUGGGAAACGAAAUGGAACUUGUUCAUCAAACGUGUCCUUGACUCACAUACAACUGUUAUUGUAGGGUAGCAUGACUGCAGCAGUGUUAACACGUGUCAUGCCAUAGUGUUUCACAGUGUUGUCAUGUGUCAUGCCAUAGUGUUUCACAGUGUUGUCAUGUGUCAUGCCAUAGUGUUUCACAGUGUUGCCAUGUGUAUUGCCAUAGUGUUUCAGUGUUGUCAUGUGUCAUGCUAUAGUGUUUCACAGUGUUUCCAUGUGUCAUGCUAAAGUGUUUCACAGUGUUGCCAUGUGUCAUGCCAUAGUGUUUCAGUGUUGCCAUGUGUCAUGCCAUAGUGUUUCACAGUGUUGCCAUGUGUCAUGCCAUAGUGUUUCAGUGUUGCCAUGUGUCAUGCCAUAGUGUUUCACAGUGUUACUAUGUGUCCGUACGUCAUGUUGUCAAAGUGUUCCCCAGGGUCAUUUCACAGUGUCCCCAAGUGUCAAGCCACAGUGUUCUCUUGUGUCAUUAACAACUUACGUCCUGACAGUGAUUUGGUCAUCUUUGCCCAAUGGUGGGCCACUACCAAUAGUUCUGUAUCCACAGAAUGUUCCCAGCUAUAGUUAUUCUGCCAGUGAGGUAUCGAUUCCGAAGAUGCAUAAACCGAACAUGAUUUUCUUGUUGAGGUAAACGACAAACAGACUAAACCUUGCUGACGUGACGUCUCACGUGGACGACCGGUCCGUGACAAACCAUGAAUGCAGUCUUGUGAGUCAUGCCCUGCUGUAGACAAUAUCUCCAAAGAAAUGAUGUUGAUGUUUUGAUGAACAUGACAACAACAUAUACCAAACAUGUAAAUUAUGCGCCGUAAAUCAACAUGCACGUGCUGUUUGUGAAUCCCGACCUUAUUCGCGAAGACGUCGUCAUGAAUAUGUAUCAAAAGAUUCAUUUCUUUAAAAAACAAAACAAAAUACAUUCAUCUUUAUUGAAACACAAGUACUUUGUCCCGCUGGUGUUACUUGCUUAUACUCACAGAAAUCUAGCAAUAAACAUAUGCUAUAAAAUAUGUAUAAAACUUUU